ACCUAACUUUUCUUGCUCGGCAAGCUUUUCUUCUCACCAUUUUUUAAUGUUACGUUCCUACACUAAAAUAUUAUUAUUUAAUAGUAUACUAGUUUGCUUUUUUUUUUACUGUCAGACAUUUUUUGUUUGUAUUGGUCAAAUUAAUUACAUGUGCAAUGUCUGAUUUGUCUUCCCUAAACCCCUCCUUCAAACCAUUCAAAACCCUUGUUCAAGGCAAAGUGCGCAAUAAAUCAGCUCUACAUACAGAUACUUGUUUGUAUUUACUAUUUACUCAAGAUAACAUCAAACAUCAUUAGCCAUGGCCUUAGCAAGAAUAGCAAGAAACGGGUACCGGAGAUCCGGAAGCAGCGCCAUGGCCAAUUACGCUAACUGUGAGAAAGAUUUUAUCUCCGAGGACAGGUGUCGUUCACCUAUUGGCGGAUUCUUUACACACCCCCACAAAAAUAUUCCAGCUAGUGGAUACACAAUCCGGACAUUAUCCAAUUCCAAUUUCGGAAGCAGGGGAAUUAGAACAACUCCGCAUUACCAGUUCGCUAAUGCAGAGCGAGUUGCGGAAUCCGAUUCCGAAUACGAAAGCACAAAGUACCCCACAUUGGAAGCCACAAAGCCCGGACAAAAGCCUCGUGUGGUUGUUCUUGGAAGUGGAUGGGCUGCAUGCAGAUUCCUCAAAGGGAUAGAUACUAGGUUGUACGAUGUUGUCUGUAUUUCACCGAGGAACCACAUGGUCUUCACUCCAUUGCUCGCCUCAACUUGUGUCGGAACUUUGGAGUUCCGUUCGGUGGUGGAGCCCGUCACUCAGAUUCAGACAGCUUUGGCCAACGAUCCCAAUUCUUACUUUUUUCUCGCUUCUUGCACCGGCAUUGAUUCAGACAAGCAUGAAGUGUACUGCGAGGCGGUUGGCGAUGAUGGACUUGCGAACGCGCCGUACCAUUUUAAGGUUGCGUACGACAAGCUGGUCAUUGCUUCUGGAGCAGAAGCCUUGACUUUUGGAAUAAAGGGGGUCAAAGAGCACGCCUUUUUUCUACGAGAUGUGACACAUGCACAAGAUAUUAGGAAGAGGCUUCUCCUAAACCUCAUGCUCUGCGAAAAUCCAGGAAUAUCGGAAGAAGAAAAGGAACGGCUGUUGCAUUGUGUUGUUAUUGGUGGUGGGCCCACCGGUGUCGAAUUUAGCGGUGAGCUAAGUGAUUUUAUUAUGAGAGAUGUUCGCCAGAGAUACGCUCAUGUGAAAAACUACAUGAAAGUCACCUUAAUCGAGGCGAAUGAGAUUUUAUCAUCGUUUGAUCUCGGAUUAAGAAAGUACGCAUCAAAGCACCUAACGAAGUGUGGAGUUCGACUAGUAACAGGUGUUGUGAAAGAGGUUCACCCGAAUAAGAUAGUUCUCAGCGAUGGAAGUGAUGUCCCUUACGGCCUCUUGGUUUGGUCGACCGGAGUGGGUCCCUCUGAGUUCGUAAAAUCACUCCAGUUCCCCAAGGCCCCCGGUGGAAGAAUUGGUGUUGAUGAAUGGCUAAGAGUUCCGACAGUAGAAGACGUUUUUGCCCUCGGAGACUGUGCUGGAUUUCUCGAAAAGCCGGUGCUUCCUGCUCUAGCACAGGUAGCAGAAAGGGAAGGGAAAUAUCUAGUAGAGAUGUUGAACAGAAUCGGUAAACAGAAUGGGGGCAAGGCUUUGUCUCUUAAGAAGGAUAUUCCGUUGGGAGAUCCGUUUGUGUACAAACAUCUUGGUAGCAUGGCAUCUAUGGGUCGAUACAAGGCUUUGGUCGAUUUACGUCAGUCCAAGGAUGCGGAAGGUAUAUCAUUAGCUGGGUUUGUAAGCUGGUUUAUCUGGCGAUCUGCUUACCUAACUCGGGUUAUUAGCUGGAGAAACAGAUUUUACGUGGCUAUCAACUGGGCCACAACUCUCGUUUUCGGCAGAGAUAAUUCCAGGAUCGGUUGAAAAUUGAAAUUAUUCCGCAAUUUACAAAAUAUGUACUAUUUUAAAGAAAUAUGAAACUCUUACAUACUCGUCUUUCGUGAAAACAAUACCACUUCAUAGACAAAUUUGUUACAUUUCGAUCAGCAUUUUUUUCUAUUUAUUUAACGCCAGACUUUGGUAAUAGCAAAGGCACCUCAAAACACCAAUAUUCACCGAAAACGCACUCAUUAACGAAAUGCAGAUAUUUCAUAAUACGAGAACAGUAAAUUUCUUUCUUU